GUUUCACCGCGUCUGGCUCACCGACGUCGGGCCUAGGGGCAGGUGGAACAGGGUGAGGAAGAACGAGUUCUACCAGAAGCAGGAGUCGCUCCUGGACACGUUGCGGCCGCAUGACGAGAUCCACUCGAAGGGCUACGGGAACUACAAACAGUGGACGCACCUGAUCGAGCACGGCACGAAGCCAGGUGGCCACAAGGAGAAGUUGGACUACAAGUACCGAGGGCCGAACACGGCGACCACUCACUUCUACGUCGGAAGGUACGAAAACGUCAAGCACAAGCAGAGGAUCGUCAGGACUGGCGCGAAGGAUCCAGUCACGGGGAAGCCAGCGGAGUUUGCGGUGGACACCAGGCCCGAGUUCGACUGCCGCCUCCUGGACGACAUGAUUCGGAGGAACAACGAGGAGCAGAUGUGGGCCCUGGAGUCGAGCUGGGACAUCCACCGGCCGUCGAACACGGCGUCGUGCCCGCAGCUCGGGGCGGACUGGAUGUCGGGGUGACGGCGGGCUGCGCGCGCGCGAGCGCGGUCGCGCUCUUGGCCGCCCUCCGCCUUCCCUCGGUGAUGCAGAUGAUUGGCGCAUCACAUUCUACGCUAAUCGUGGAUCUGAAAAUAUUGAUGCGGUCUGCGCACGCUUCUCUCAUACAGGGGUUGCCGAAGGCAUACCCGUUUGCAGAGAGCUCGUGAGCUACUGGCGUCGGCGCGACCACUGUCUUGAACGCCGUAUGGCGUGACCGUGGUGCAUCUUGGCGAAAGAGG